GUCAUUGCUAACUGCGCUCAGUGCCUACCUCAUGUGCAGGCUCAUUCUUUUGCCCAAGUGACAGAUGGUAAAAAGGAUAGAGACACCCUGACCUGUUGCUAAAACUUGCUAUCCUUCGUGGACCCCUUCCCCGACACGGUCUAGUCCACUUUCCCUCCGGCUUCUCCCAGAAACAACUUCCUGCGGCUCUGUGUCCUCAAAGUCACGCAGCAGAGCGAGAAGCACUUGGAGAAGAUCCUGAACGUGGAUGAAUUCGUGAAGAGGAUCUUCUCCGUGAUCCACAGCAACGACCCCGUGGCCAGAGCCAUCACCCUCAGGAUGUUGGGGAGCCUGGCGUCCAUAAUCCCUGAGAGGAAGAAUGCUCACCAUAGCAUCCGGCAGAGUCUCGACUCGCACGAUAACGUGGAAGUAGAAGCCGCUGUUUUUGCUGCUGCAAACUUCUCCGCACAGUCCAAGGAUUUUGCCGUGGGAAUCUGUAACAAGAUCAGUGAAAUGAUUCAAGGUCUGGCUACGCCCGUGGACCUGAAGCUGAAGCUCACCCCCAUCCUCCAGCACAUGCACCACGACGCCGUCCUGGCCUCCAGCGCUCGGCAGCUCCUGCAGCAGCUCGUCACAGCCUACCCGUCCACCAAGAUGGUCAUCGUGACGCUACACACCUUCACGCUGCUCGCAGCUUCGUCUCUGGUUGACACACCCAAGCAGAUCCAGCUCCUCUUGCAGUAUUUGAGAAAUGACCCCCGGAAAGCAGUCAAGAGGCUUGCUAUUCAGGACCUGAAACUGCUUGCCCAUAAAACACCACAUACCUGGAGCAGGGAAAACGUACAGGCUCUCUGUGAAUGCGCCCUCCAGACGCCCUACGACAGCCUGAAGCUGGGGGUGCUGGCCGUCCUGUCCGCUCUGUCGGGGACCAUCGCCGUCAAGCAGUACUUCAGCUUAGCUUCAGGAAAUGUGAGUUCUUCCCCUAGAUCCUCCGACUUAGUCAAAUUAGCCCAGGAGUGUUGCUACCAUAGCAACCGGGCCAUCGCUGCUCACGGGGCGCGCGUCCUGACGAACAUCACCGUCUCCUGCCAGGAGAAAGACCUUCUGGCCCUGGAGCAAGACGCUGUCUUUGGCCUGGAGGCCCUUCUGGCACUUUGUAGCCAAGAUGACAGUCCCGGAGCUCAAGCUACUUUAAAGAUGGCUCUGAACUGCAUGGUGAAGCUGGCCAAGGGCAGGCCCCACCUCAGCCAGUCGGUGGUGGAGACGCUGCUCGUGCAGCUACACGGCGCGCAGGACGCCGCCCGCAUCCCCAUGUGCCACUGCCUGGCCGCCAUCGCCAUGCAGCUGCCCGUGCUGGGCGACGGCAUGCUCGGGGACCUGGUGGAGCUCUACAGGGUCGUCGGGCGCCCGGGCACCGGCAGGCAGCAGGAGCUGCUGGUGAGUCUGGCCACCGUGAUCUUCGUGGCCAGUCAGAAGGCGCUGUCGGUGGAGGUGAAGGCCGUCAUCAAGCAGCAGCUAGAGAGCGUCUCCAACGGCUGGACAGUGUACCGUGUGGCCAGACAGGCGUCCAGGAUGGGCAAUCACGACAUGGCCAGAGAGCUCUACCAGAGCCUGCUGACUCAGGUGGCCUCGGAGCACUUCUACUUCUGGCUCCACAGUCUGAAGGAGUUCUCGCAGGCCGAGCAGUGCCUCAGCGGGCUGGCGGAGGAGAACUACAGCUCAGCGCUUUCUUGCAUUGCUGAGGCCUUGAAAUCCUACCACAAGGGCAUCGCUUCCUUAACAGCCGCCAGCACGCCUCUGAACCCGCUCAGCUUCCAGUGUGAGUUUGUUAAGCUCCGCAUCGACCUCCUGCAAGCCUUCUCUCAGCUCCUCUGCACCUGCAACAGCCUGAAGACCAGCCCGCCGCCCGCCAUCGCCACCACCAUCGCGCUGGCCCUCGGGAGUGACCUCCAGCGCUGCGGCCGCAUCUCCACACAGAUGAAGCAGUCCAUGGAGGAGUUCCGGGGCCUGGCCGCCCGCUACGGGGACUUGUAUCAGGCCUCCUUUGAUGCCGACUCCGCGACUCUGAGGAACGUCGAGCUGCAGCAGCAGAGCUGUCUGCUGAUCGCACACGCCAUCGAGGCCCUGAUCCUGGACCCCGAGUCAGCAAGUUUCCAGGAGUCCGGCUCGGUGGGGGCGGCGCACGCAGACAGCGAGUACGAGAGGAGGAUGAUGUCGGUCUGCAGCCGCGUCCUGGAGGAGGUGGAGCGCCUCAGCCGCAAGUACACCCCGGUCUCCUACAUGCACACCGCGUGCCUCCGCGAUGCCAUCAUUGCGCUGCUGAAAGUGCCCCUCUCCUUCCAGAGAUACUUCUUCCAGAAACUGCAGUCGACCAGCAUCAAGCUUGCUCUGUCCCCGUCACCCCGGAACCCUGCCGAGCCCAUCGCCAUCCAGAACAACCAGCAGCUGGCGCUCAAGGUGGAGGGCGUGGUCCAGCACGGCUCCAAGCCCGGGCUCUUCCGCAAGAUCCAGUCCGUGUGUUUGAAUGUCUCCUCCAUGCUGCAGAGUAAAUCUGGACAGGACUACAAGGUCCCCCUGGACAGCACGACGGCCAGCGAGAUGGAGCAGAGGGUGGAGCCGCACAACGACUACUUCAGCACCCAGUUCCUGCUCAGCUUCCCCGUCCUCGGGACCCACAGCAUCACCGUGGAGUCCUCGGUGAAAGACGCCAACGGCAUCGUGUGGAAGACGGGCCCCCGGACCGCCAUCUUCGUCAAGUCCCUGGAGGACCCGUUCUCGCAGCAGCUGCGCCUCCAGCAGCAGCAGCAGCAGCAGCCCCCGCAGCCCCCGCAGCCCCCGCAGCAGCAGCAGCAGCAGCCCCAGCCGCGCGGCGCCUACACGCGCUUCUAGCGGGGCCUCCCGCCCCGGGCCCGGCCUCGGGUACACGGCGCCUCCCGGCCUCCCUGCUGCCGCCUUCUGGCUUGUGGGCCGGCUUGGUGCCCCUCCCUGCCGGUUCCUGGCCGGCGUCCUCUCUGCGUCCUUCCGGAGCCGGGUCGCGUCCGCUCACGGCUUGCUGUCAUCCCCGCCGUGUGGUUCCCGUGGCCAGACCUUCUUUUUUGAGAAAAUCGCGGGCUGGGAUCAUCGGGGGAAGAAGUCUGGCCCAUCGCCACAGGCUGGAAGGCAGCGGGGUGGGAGCUCGCCCGGUGGCAGUGGCGGGAGAGGCUGCGGGAGAGGCGGCGGGAGAGGCGGAGUCCUCCCCGGCCGGACUUGGGUGGAAACGGAAACGCGCCCUGAAGCCACCACUUUCCUGGAGGAAGAGCUCACAGUCCGGGGGUGAAACAGUCUGUUCCCGGGCAGCCUGCGCCCCCUGUGCUCCGCCAGCUGCCCAACCCCAAGGCGGCCCGGGGACACGGAAGGGCGGCGGGCCCCUGUCUUCCCGCAGCACGGAGCGGUCGGCAUCCGUGGAGUCCAUCUUGGCAACCGUUAGCGGCUGGGAGGGCACGCCUUCCCCUGGGCAGGCCUGCUUCCUCCUCGGCGGGCUGUGUAAAGCCGGGCCGGUCUGUCCGGCACGCGGCCUCCCUCGGCCGGCCGGCGCUCGGAGCCGAAGCCCCCUGGUGAGUCAGGAGACCCCUUGUUUUCUGUCUCGGCACCGGCUGCAGACCGUCGUGAAGUGGCGUUGCCGGCGUGUUUCCCUGCCCUGUGGCAUCCGGGCAUCCGGGCUCAGGGCCUCGCCGACUGGUGACCUGGGCCCCGGGGCUGGGAGCAGCUCCAGCUGAGGCCCCAGGUUCCCUUCUGAAAUAAACCUCUCACGUCUUGCUCGUG